AUGUCUGGACACAACGAACAUGUACUCGUCGCAAAGAUAGAGCAGACUAUCAACUACCUCAUCGCGAGACUGGGUCGUGGCGAAGCAGAUGAUCUCAAAGAUAUCAUCUUCCUUUCGUUGGCGCUAAAAUGCGUACAGCUCCCUGAAUCAUCCCCAGGACGACUUUACGAGCUCCAUUCUACCACUAGGAGAACAAUGGCUGCCUGCAUGGAGCAGCUGUUGCCACCCAAGCUUACCGCCAGCGGUCAUCAGCAUGAACGAGACGACGCUGAGUCACUAGCUAAGCGCGCGAAAUCGUCCUCAAUACGCCCACCUCCAAAAGUUACGCCUACAUGGCCUGUCAGUUCGAAGCAAACGCCCAACCCGCUUCCAGCAACUCAUGGGCCAGGAAUCCGUGGAGAGACUGCCGAGCAAUACCUCAACGACUUUGCUGGGCUCGCCGCCGAGUUUGCCGAUUGCCAGACUGAUUCGUUUAGUCUCCACGCUGCUUUCGGUGGUGGCGUGGUGCAAGACUGGAAUUGCGAACACCUCUGGCAGUGA